AUGACGGCCGAGAACUAUCCCCUCCCCUCAACACUACCAUCAGCAACCCCCGGCUUAAGCUUCUCAACUCUCUCCGGACAGGAUCUCCCUCUCUGCGUCCGACAAGCCCAGAUUCUCGCUCUGACUGGUCUGGAUGGCAUUAUCAUCGACUGCGAGCAUGGGCACUUCAGCGAUGACCAGAUGCACAACUCGGUCUCUGCCAUCGCUGCCCUGGGCCGCUGCCCUAUCAUCCGCGUGCGAGGUCCUCAGCCAGAUCUUCUCAAGCGUGCUCUGGAUACCGGUGCCCACGCUCUGAUGGUACCCAUGAUCAACACUGCCGAAGAGGCUGCCGAAGUUGUCAAGUUCUCCAAGUUCCCACCUCAAGGUCUUCGAGGACAAGGCUUGACCCUGCCCGAGUAUAUGAAGUCUGCCAACGAAACCAUCUUGACGAUCGUGCAAAUCGAGACGAGCGAAGGUGUCAAGAAUGUAGAUGCUAUUGCUGCUGUCCCCGGCGUUGACUACGUCUUCAUCGGCCCAAAUGACCUCGCCAUGUCGCUUCUCGGCUACACACCCGCAAAGGGCGACGAACCAGUCUUUGUCGAUGCGAUUGAAAAGGUUGUGGCAGCUGCCAGGAAGCAUGGACAAUGGACCGGUCGACUGGUGAAUGACGGUCCACAGGCAGCCGAGGCGUUGAAGAAGUAUGACAAGUGA